GAGCAGACAAGAUAUACAAGGAAUGCAUAUUUGGCUGCGGGGAAAGGGGCCUCCUCAUGCUUCCGCAGUAGCGCCAUUUAAUCUUUCCAGGAGGGGAGCAGAAAGAAAGAAGGGGAGUCGAUUGACGCGAGGACGGAGAGCUGGAUCUUUGGCAAUUAUCUGUGAAUUAUUUGUUGGGGAGCACGUUCUUUCGGUCCACUCUUUCUUGGUUCGGCAACGAACCAAUAACAGGAGUCUUCCAGGGUGUUAGAGCAUGAAGAAGCAAAAUGUUUCUGGAGCUUGAAUGAUGCCAUCUGGUAACAAAAUGCUUCUGCAAGAAAUGGAUGGCAAUCCAUUCCAUACCAUGCACAACUAUGAUUUCCUGUCUGGGAAUGGUUAUUCAAUGAAGCAGUUAACUCGUAGCAAUUCCGAUAAAGACUCCUUAUCAAAAAAAUCUGAGCAGUCUCGCCAAGACUUAUCCGCAGUGAGUGACAGCAGCCUCAAUGGACAACACACACCAACGCAAUCUGCAAGACUGUCCAUGGAGCUCUACUGCAUCAAUUAUUGCAUAACAGGUUUGUUCUCCCCCUCAGACAACAAUGAUAGUCACAGAAAGCGGGACCAGGGUAUGGUGAAGACUGUAUUGUCCUUUGGGAACCCAGAAGCUGCUUUUCCCACUCAAAAGUUUGACUACAGCCAGCCUUUUGCUUGUGCUUCUUAUACCGCUGAUCCAUAUUAUUGCGGGUUCUUGACAGGAUACACUUCAAAUGCAAUUGUUCAUCCCCAAAUUAAUGGUGCAGCAAACUCCAGGGUACCAUUGCCUAUUGAACCUGCAGCAGAAGAGCCCAUAUUUGUCAAUGCAAAGCAAUACCAUGCUAUCCUCAGGAGGCGUCAAAUGCGUGCAAAAUUGGAGACUCAGAAUAAACUGGUGAAAGGUCGGAAGCCGUAUCUUCAUGAAUCUCGACAUCGUCAUGCAAUGAAGCGAGUUCGUGGACCAGGAGGUCGUUUCCUUAACAAAAAGGAGCUCCAGGAGCAGAGGCGGCGGCAGAAGGAUCUGCCUUCACUCCAGACUCCAACAGGUGGGGUGGGCAAGAUGGCCUUCGGCAGGAAUCUAUGCCCUGAAAACAGCGCAUCUCACUCGCCUUCAACAAGCUCUGGUGUCUCAAGUGUUUCAAACGGGGGUGGCACGGUGGCUCAUCAAGAGCACAUCAGCUUCUCAUCUACUAAUUUCCUCCCCAGCAUGAGCUUCCGCGGAGAGAACGGCAGUGAAAAGAUGGCUGUCAAUGGUGUCCGCCACCGCACCCCGUCGUGAGGUGAACCGCCUCAGGUGGUUGCGGUGGUGGUACCAUCACUGGCGCGCUCCCCGUGUGCCCGUGGCAAUUCAUCCUUGGCUUAUGAAGUAUCUAAUAAUAAUAAUUUACUUCCCGUUUGAUAUGGAUUGGAGUAGAGCUUGUCUCAGAUCAACUCGUUUAUAUUUGUUGCAACUAAAUCACUGGAGUUCCACUUGUUGAUGUAUUGUGGAUACAGAUACAUCCUUGUGUUUCUUGAUGUACCAAGUAAUGUAACCGUAACCAUGGUUUGUUUGGGAGAAUCUGCUCUUGUAUCCAUCAGACCGCUGGACCAUCAGACUGUCAAAUGUGAAUUCGUUGCUAUCGUUGCAUUUCAAA